AGAGAGCAGCAGCCGUAUUCCUCUUACGAUCACCUCUUCUCAUUUGAUCUCCCAAGCUCUCUACUCCUUAUCUCGUAUCAUUCAUUAAUUUGUUCUCUUUCUCUUCACCUGCGUGGUUGUUCUUAUCUCCUCUCCUCACCAUCUCUCAUUCUCUUGGCUUUGAUGGCGAUCAAAGGAGGAGCACCAUCGUCGUAACCAACCACCACGAAUUAACGUGCGGAGUUGUGUCAGCCCGCUGUAGAUCUAUGCCGUCAUCAUUCAAGCAAUCAAAAACCACUGCCGUAGAUCCGAUCUGCUGAUCUCGCCUGUAUGGUUGCAGCCGCGAAGCCGCUAUCACCACUCGUCUACUUUGCGAUCUCGUUCCAUGUUCACCGUAAGCUUCCGCAAUUUGUUUCCCAUACGUGAUGUCGUGUUGUACGAAUGACCUUAAUUGUGUUAUUUGGUCAAACGUGAGCUCAUGCAUAGGGGUUACAUCUCAUUUCCUUGUUUCUUGGCAAGCAAUCAAAAUCAAUGGUGAAUCUCUAGUUGUUAUUGGUGAUCAAGUCAUCUCGUGCUUAUGAUUUCUGAUCUUAGCUAAGUAACACGCGGUGAGGAGGAGACGGGUGCUACACAUUUAGUUGGAGAUGGAAAGAUUGACCACAUAAAUGAUUUGGAGAAACUGUGAUCAAUAUAAUCUAUAAGCAAAUCAAUAUAAGGAGAUGCUAGCCAAAGUUUUAUUACGGGUCAUCAUCAUGGACGAUGACUCAGGGUUCUUGUAGUGGACGAACUUAAAGUAGUGGUUAAUGGACUCUUUGACUGACAGUCCACAAGAACCUGAGCCUGAUUAUCAAAAAAGGCAGUGAGUUCUUUUACAAAUCUUGUUUAAAAAAAAAAAAACAAUUACCAGCAACAGAGUGUUGUACUUCAAGUGUUUGCUUUACUGAGAAGAAGAUUCAGAAAAUACCUUUUCGGUUCAAAAUUCUGAUUUGGUUCGACUUUUCCAUCCGCAAAUGUUGGUUGAAAAGUGAAUAGGCAUAAAAGCCUUUGGGCCAUUUUAGGAUUGAAACCGUUUCUAAAACAAUACAACGACGUCAUUUCCCGAAGAGAAGGAAGCAUGACGGUUGAAGAGAGAGAUAUAUUAUUCCGAUUCCGAAGACGAAAUAGACGAAAAAAAUAAUCAGGAAGAAACCUAAACAAAAUAUCAAACCAUGGAAGAAAGCAAGACGAUGACGACGGAGAUGAACGAGAAUCUGAUCACCUCUUUCCUCGAGAUCACAUCCUCAUCAAGAGAAGAAGCUGCUUUCUUCCUCGAAAGCCACCACUGGGAUCUCGAUGCUGCCGUCUCCACCUUCCUCGACAACGACGCCACAGCCGCCGCCGCCGCCAACGAUCUCCCAGCUGGUCCAAACCCUAGUCUACCUCCUCCUUUGAUCCCCGCCGCGUCUCCUCACUCUCCGUCCGAAAAUCAAGGAGCUGGUAAUCCGUCUGGGAGCAUCCGCACGCUCGCCGAUCUGAACCUUUCCCCCGCUGAUGAAAGUGGGAUGAUGGUUCAAGAUCCUAAGAAACCAAAAGACGUUGAUGCACUCUCUGAGCAAGCUAGGCUGUCAACUGUGGACAUACCUGUUGAAUCAUCGAGAUUAGCUUCUACAAGCGCUUCUGGGAUGUUGUCUGGUGAACCUGUUCCCUCUGCUCCUCAGCAGCCGCAGGAACAGCAGCAAGACAAGCUUCAGUCGGUUAUGCACACCAUCACUUUCUGGAGGAACGGUUUCACCGUUGAUGAUGGUCCUUUAAGGAGGUUCGAGGACCCUGGAAACGUUACCUUUAUGGACGUAAUAUCCAAUUUUUUUCUCUCAUUCAAGAGCAUUGCGAGGUCAGAGUGCCCCUGUGAACUUGAACCAGUGGAUAGGAAGAACAGUGUUCGUGUUGAACUCGUCAGGCGUGAAGACAACAACAUAGAACCACCAAAGCCCAAAAAUUCAUCCCAAGGUGUAGAGAGAACCCUUGGAGCCGGAUUAGUUGCAGCAGAAGUACAAGCUCCACCCGCACAGCUGAACACCGCACCAGUACCAUCAGUAGGGCUAGUUGUGGACCAAGCAGCACCAACAACUUCGAUCCAGCUAAGAUUGGCAGACGGGACACGCCUUGUAUCCAGGUUCAACAACCACCACACGGUGAGAGAGGUGUAUGGGUUCGUCGACGCUUCAACACCUGGUGGCUCCAGAGGGUACCAGUUGUUGACCAUGGCGUUCCCUCAUAAACAGUUGACGGACUUGGACCAAACCAUCGAGCAAGCUGGUAUAGCUAACUCGGUCGUCAUCCAGAAGUUUUAGUUUUAUUCAGAUUUAAGACCCCAUUCAGUUUGUCUCUAUCUUUCUUUGCUUGUUUUUUUAAGUGUUUGAGAACCUUUAUCGAUGAUUCAACUACUUGGUCAACCUUUAGGAUUUGGAUAAUUUGAGAUAAUCGUCAAAUCUCA